UUUCUUUUUGCAAAUGGUCCAUCCAAGCCAGCAGCUGUCGCCGGCGGGCAUGCUGUCGCCAGAGCUCACAGCCAAGGUGCGCGAAGUCAUUGGCAAUCCAACCGAGAUCUUCUUUGAAAAGUCCGUCAAGUACGACAUCAAGGGAAAGCUCGAAGAUCGCGUCCUGAUCAUCUCGAGCACUCGCUUCUACGUAGUCAAUUUGCGGAAUGCCAAGGGAUUCAUCCAGCUCGAGUUUCAUGCACAUCUUCUGGAUAUCUUCAAACUCGAUUCGCUCAAGCCCGAUGAGGUUGUGCUAAAGCUGCGUGGCGAACAACUGGCCGUCUUCCGCACAUCAUCCGAGGAGGUGGCCAACGAGCUUGUUGCUGCCACGUUUGCUGCGAUGCAGUUCAACAUGUCCAAGGGCGAUAUUCGUCUCAUGCUGAAGGCUGAUGUUCGGCCACCUGUUCGCUUUGAGGCAAUCGGCACGCUUUCAACCGCCUUGCUGGCAGUGUUUCCCGAGGCGGCCUGCGAUGGCUACACGCGCAGCUAUCGGUUUUUGUGCGACCUUUUCGGCUUUUCCGUCCGCGAGGACGUCUGCUGGGACAUUGACAACAUUUUUGCUGCCAGCGGCACCAAAGAUUUCAACCUGGAAGAGUUUGACAAUCUCGACGGCAACGACCUGGUCGCGAUCGUCCGCGCCCUGAGCUUCAACUCGUGGUUUACGCGCCUGAUUGUCCGUGACGUCAAACUGAACGCCGAUGGUCUUGCCUCCGUCGCAGGCGUCGUGAACAAGUCUCAAUUUUUGACAGAGAUUGUCGUUUCCAACGCGAGCGCGUACAAGGACUUUUUCGCCGCGCUGGCGGACGGGUUGAUGAAGAAUCCUUCCUCCUCGAUCCGAACGGUGGAUCUUUCCCGAAACACCAUUGAUGACAAAGCCUUAUCUAGUCUCGGCGCUGCAUUCGGCAACAUGACUGCCGGCAUCCUGGAGUUGAACCUUUCCAGCACUGGCACAACUGCCAAAGGCAUCGCCGGAUUCCUUCAAGGCAUCAAAAAGAACGUCAACACCCUCAGCUCGUUGUCGCGACUGAAUCUGAGCAAUAACAACAUUGGCGAGGGCGUGAGCGCGCUGGCCGACUUUUUGGCCGUGCCCAACGUCCUGACACAGCUCGACCUGUCCGAUUCUGGAAUUAUCGUCGACCCUCUGUUUGCCGCUCUUCUCCGUGGCUGUGCACAAACCCUUGUCUCCAUCAACUUGUCGGGAAACCGUUUUGCGUCCAAGAAGGAUCCCAAGAGCUAUAUUCCGCCCGCCAGUUUUGAGCAAUUCUUCCAGUGCGCUGCUCAGCUCCGCGAUAUCAACCUCGCCAACACCAAGCUGCCACACUCGGCGCUGAAAAACCUCUCCAACGCGUUGCACAACAACCAGCUCGUCUCUGAACUGUCGCUGAAUGUGCGAGGCAACGAGUUGGGCAUCGCUGGCGCCCGCAUUGUCGGAAGCAUGAUGGCCAAGGUGCAAACCAUCGUCACGUUGGACGUGAGUGACAAUGACUUUGGGGACGAUGGCAUGAGCUCGUUUGUGAGCGGUCUUUGCUACAACAGCACUCUGCGUCAUGUGCUGCUGGACAAGAGCUUUGAACGCAAAACCAAGGAGCGUCCGUCCGCCAUCCGCUCGGUCGUGGACUUGUUGGUGGGCAGCCAGAGCGCCAUCCAAUCCCUUUCGCUCUGUGACUGCAAGCUGAAGGGCGACAUUGUGCCCAUUUUGGACGCGCUCGGUGCCAACACCACGCUGCUUCGCUUGAACAUUGGCGGCAACCAGAUGGGCGAGCUCGGUGCACAGGGCCUUGCCAAAGCGCUGCAGACCAACACAACGCUGACCAAUCUGCACUGGGAUGACAACGCGACCACGGUUGCGUCGCUCAAGAUGGUGGUUGCGGCGCUCAACCGCAACUCAACCUUGACGCACAUGCCGUUGCCGAUCGUGGAUAUUUCAACCCUCAUCAAGAACCCGGAUUGCGUCAGCGUUGUGCAGCAGCUCGAGCAGGCGCUAUACAAAAACCAAGCGCCCAAAACGCUCACGGCCCAGUCCUUGUACAAUUUCGGCUCUGGGCCAGUGGCGAACGCUGCCAAGCAAGAGUAUAUCGACACAAUGUGCACCAAGGCUGCGCAUCUGGCCGUGCAGUACAGCGAGACGCACGAAGGCAAAUCACUGGAAGUUGUGCCCGUGUCCGUCCAGCAGGGUGAAAACGUUGUGGGCGCUCCUCUCGCUGUCGAGGCCCUGAUUGCCGAAGCCAAAGCGCACAGCUCCAUUCUGACGCAAAUCCACUUUUUGCAAGAGGAGGCCCAGCAGUCGGGUGUGAACGCUCUUGUCGGUCAUCUGUCGGCCAUGGUGCAGUCCAUGCACGAAAUUACGGAAGACAACUUCCAGCUGUUUGCUUCGGGACUGGUGCAAGCGCUGCACAACGACUACCCCAAUCUGAUUGACAGCCGUGCGCUCGUGCACCUGAAUCUCGGCGUCCAGGUCGAUGCUGACAAGAUCGACGAGGACUUUCUGACGGCAGUGCUGGUCAAGGCGGCCGGAGCCGAAGUCGCCCGCAAAAUGCAGGCAGUCAACAUUUCGUUGACCAACAUUGUGUCGGACUUUCUGUAUGAGCGCGUGUGUGAUUCGCUCGAGUUGAUUGUCAGCGCUGGCGAGACUGCGCUUGGUACUGCCCAUUCGCAGCGAGCGUCCAUGCGCGCUCCGAGCAUCUCGCGAGGCUCGAGUGCUACCGUUGCUGCGGCGGCGGCGCUGAAGGAGACCCCCGCCAGGGGAUCUGUUGACGUGGACGCUGUCGUUCGCACGGCGGCGCCCGCGCUUGCCACUCAAGCGAGCAUUGAACUGCCCACGGAGGCUCUUCCCACUGACGACAAGCUCGUGCAUCUCACAAAAACUCGCGCCAAGAUUGGAGCUCCCCGGCGACCGCCCACGCGGCAGGCAAUGCGACCCUCCAAGGACAAUCAAGACGACGACGACGAUGACACAAGUCGAGCGGUUGCAGUGUCGGCAGCGAAAAUGGAUCUCGUUGCGUCCGUUCCAGUUGUGGCUGCUCCUCCAGCGGUGGCUGCUCCAGUUGUGGCUGCUGCCCCAGUUGUGGCUGCUCCUCCAGCGGUGGCUGCUCCUCCUGCAUCGACAGCCGCAGCUUCUGUCAAAGCUUCCGCGACGCCUGUUGAGGACGACGAGGACGAAGAGGGCAAAGCACCUGUGACUCGCAAAUCGCAGCCCGCCGUCGUCUCACAAGACAAGCCCGACAAGGAAAAGAAAGGCCUUGGAGCGCUGUUUGGCAAAAAGGACAAGACCAAGGAAAAGGAAAAGGAAAAGGAAAAGGAAAAGGAAAAGGAAAAGGAAAAGGAAAAGGAAAAGGACACCACGAAACCCAGCACAGAAGCACCCAAGAUUGCCGAGCCGGCAGAUGCUGCUCCACCCAAGCCUAAGGAGGCCUCUGCACCCGCAUCGGCAGUUCCGACACUCCUCGAGCCGCCGGGCAAUAGCGACGCCCGCCCGAAGGCGCCGUCGCGAGGAUUGCCGACAGACACCGCGGCGUCCAAGCUGUCCAGGCGUACUUCGGUGCGUCCCACGUCUGUCCGUGUUCCCACGACCAGCGCAUCGCUCAUUUCGACAAGCGUCGAUCAAGGCGAAGUGCCAGCUUCCGGUACAACUCUUUCGACACCGACGGCAACCGCUCCCAAGACCUUGUCCCCAGCGGCAGCAGCGGCUCAGUCUCAUGCUUCCGUUGCUGCAACUGCCGCCACUGCAGCUGCACCCUCCAUUUCCCACGAGGCGCUGGAAAUUGCCACGACAAACGCCAAUGUUUGGCGUCGUUCCACCGAUGGUGCCCCCAAGAAACCCGAAGUUGAGACAGUUCCUGGUCCUGCAGCGGCUGCUGCUGCCGCAGGUGCGAGUGAGUCUGCUGCUGCGCCUGCACCGGUUACAGCACUUUCAGUGGUUGUUGCUCCGCCGACUGUCGCUGCACCUCCGCCGACGGUCGCUGCUCCUCCGCCGACGGUCGCUGCUCCUCCGUCGACAGUCGCUCCUGCUGCGGCGGACGAAUCCAUUCCUCCUCCGCCCGCACCGCUGGAAGAUGACGAUUCUAUUCCGCCUCCUCCCGCGCCCGAAGACGACGACGUGCCCCCACCUCCGGCUGUUGCCGAAGAAGUUCCACCCCCGCCUCCGGAAGAGGAUGUUCCGCCGCCACCUCCGCCCGCCGAGGUCGCCCAGAGUGCUGAUGAUUCAGAUGAUGUUCCUCCGCCGCGUUCGGAACCAGAGCCUGUGCAGGUCGAGCCUGAACCAGAGUCCACAUCCGAGUCUGAGCCAAACGUGGAGCAGAAUGUCGAGUCCAAGGAGCCCGACACCCCUGCUCCAACCGAAUCUGCCGAGACAUUGAAGUCGGCCGAGCCGAUUGACGCCUCGCCAGUCGCUGAGUCUCCUGUCGUUCCAUCGGCGGCAGCAGCGCAUCCCGCUUCCAGCGACGACGCGUCUCCUGAAACUCAACCCCAGUCGCACGUUGAGGUAAACCCUCCUACGGCAGCACCCAAGUCGAUUCCCGAGCCAGUCGCAGAUAAAGCGGCGGAACCAGCAGCCGGGCCAGUGGCAGAGCCAGUCCCAGUAGCGGCGCCACCCGCAGAGCCAGCGCAACCACCGCUUGCCGCCGAACACGUAGUGGCCCCAGCGCAGCCAACAGAAAGCCCGAAAGCCGCCGCCCCGACUCCGCAGCCGCGCCGCCCAUCGACCGCAACGGUGCUCGACACAAACGCAUCCGAAACAAAAGCUGCAGCAAUCGCCACUCAAUCCGCACCCGCCCGCGGCUCGAUCUCGGAUGCAGCAGUUCCAGUCCCGUCACCCACAGCAGCGCAGGCGCCUCCUCCGGUGGCUGCCAAGCCCAAGGUGAUUUCGCGUGGAGUUUCCGUAUCCGACGACGCAACGACAUCUGCCCCGCCGUCGCGCAAGGAGUCGCUGGUUGAUGGCACUCCGGCUGCCGUCGUCGGGCACUCCUUUGCCGCGCGCAAAGAGUCUCUGGUCGAAAGCCUUUCCAACAUUGUCGGCGGAACGGCUCCAGGCACGCUGCGAAAGCCGCCGCCAGGUGCCAUGUCGGUGCUGCCAAUCCCUGCCGCUCGCCCUUCGCUCACGCCAAUCAGCACGGACAGCACUCCUGUUACGCCGACCACUCCUUCGUCGGCAACCGCUUCGACCCCGACCUCUGGCUCUUCUGACGAAGCAAGCGCCGUUGCUGUCGCAAAGAAGCCUGUUCCGACUCCCAUGCCGCGGCCUGCACCCGCUGAAAAGCCGCAGCCCGCCGAAAAGCCGCAGCCCGCUGACAAACCCGUUCCUGCGAACAAGCCCGUGCCCGCAGACAAGCCUCAGCCCGCAGCCAAACCUUUGCCGGCUCCGAAAGUCCCGCUCCUUCCUGUCAAAGCCCCCAGCAAGGACGGCGGCGAAAGUGGUUCCGCUUCCCCGACCACACCUACCUCCCCAGCCGUGGCCGCCAAACCGCCUCCGACCCUCCCGAAAAAGCUGCCUCCAGUCCCUGCGCCGAAACCGACUGCUGCUGCCGUGGAGCUCACCGAAGACGAAGCGGCCGACUUUGAGAGUGGCAUUGAACAACCAGUUGCUGCUGCUGCUGCUGCUGCUGCCGCGGCGCCCGAACCUGCCGCAGCUCCUGCUCCUGCCCCCGUCGCGAGACCGUCCGUGUUCAACCCUCAGCUUCAAAGCCAGAUGGCUGCAAGCGAACUCAUCCGCAAGCGCAAGCAGGAAGCUGCCCGGCGCGCCGAGGAAGAAGCCGCGGGGAUUGCCGCACCCGACGAGGGAACGCCAGAGCCGAGUGAAGAGCCUGCCCCAGCAGAGGAGCUGGUGAAGCCACAGCCUGCUGCGCGUCGACCACCUCCAACGGCAGCCAAGCCCGCCAAAACACCAAAGGAAUCUGACAUGUUGUGAAGCAGGCUUUGUUGUACAAGCAAAUCCAGUUGAUUGAAAU